CGGAACUGUAGCUAGAACUUCGGGCGGCGAGCCCUGGAACCGGCGGUGUUUGGUUCUUGCCCCAUGGCAGCACUACUCUCGCCGAAGGCUUCACCUACAUCGACGGGGAGACGGCGCGCCAAAUGCGCCGCCCGGGAACGCUGCCCAACUCCGGGACGUCCGGCCAUCGUCCAACCGCCAUCGAGGACGGCUCAACGCCGUUGACCGUCCCGGGGGACAACUGCUCCUCCACAGGCGGUGGCAGACUGCAUUAUUCGAAUCAUUCUCUGCGCCGCACGCCCCAGCCACCCCAUCUACCCCCCCGCGACCCGGACAACACCUCGGAAAGGGCGCAGAACGACUCGAGGCUUCAGAACGGCAUACCUGGACACCAUCACGCGCCACCUCCGCUACCCUCGAGACACCAGUCGUCCUGCGGCCAAUCGUCCUACCCCACCCUGCCCAUGAACGGCCACGCGGCCCACCAGUACCAUCACUUUCCGCGCGAGAAGGACAGAUCGUCGGUUCGUGAGAGGAGUCGCGAUCGAGAUGUGCAAUCCGUCCCACAUCGGUCCGAGAAGCACCGAGAACUUCAGAUGGAGAUGGAGAUGCGAGACGGGAUGGAUAUGGAGAUAGGCACGUAUCGAGCGUAAGGAAGUGUAUGUAUGCGGGUGACAAGGUGAACUAAAGGGUUUCGGUAAUGCGCAUCGGAGGCCGAGUGAAUUGAAUCGAAGACUGAAAUAAUCGAAUAAGGUGGGGGAGGGCGGGGGGAGGGACUCUGACGGUUCACGCGUCUCCGUCCGACUCUCUCUUGCGUAAAUGAGACAUGGUGGAGGAGGGAAAGGAUGCAUUGCGCGAAGCAUUUGAUGAACAAUCGCCGGUACAAUCGCGAAUGGAAUUGGCGAACUCGCAGCUAAAUCAAAUUGAAGACUGAUUACGACGGGCGUACGGUGAACGACGUAAUAACUCGACGAGUAAGUUAAUGAUGAUAACAUUGGUACAUUCCAAUCAUCUGUCUGCCAGUCUUCGUUGGAAUCGGCGACCACGCAAAUUUCGAAUCAAAUUAUAAUCUUUUAUUGGUCGAUAGGAAUUUCUCUGAUUACGUCGUGUACAGGAACGGUGUUCACAAUGGGAAAUCUCCACGUUUAAUUUUAAAAUCGUGCCGAUGGAAAUUACGGAUCAACAGGAAGAAAUAUACAUAUAUAAAUAUAUAGAAAGACACAUCGAAGUUAUUUUAAUGAAAGCAAAGAUUCAUAUACCCGAAUGGGAAUAAGAAAACGUAAUAAGGAGAACAAAUCGUGCAUACGGAUCAAACGUUAAGGAUUAAUGAAGGCUUUGAAGGAAAUCCAUCGAAAGGGAUAAAAAUUCUGAUUAUUAUGAGAAUUGUGAGAAGGUAUCGAUACGUUUCGUUGGACGUGGGCAUCCGUUUUACAAUAGCGCAAUACGCGGACUAAGAGGGCUGUACCGUGAAAAAGGAACGAGAUUCGCAAAGCAAGAUGAAUCGGAUUGAAGGAGGUGGGCGAGUGAGAAGAGCCGCGUCAAAAGACCGAUGGAAGUAAGAACUGUGUUCGUUGCUCCACUAACGAUUUUUACGUGCGACAGCUAUAGAAUGAUCGUUUCCAUCAUGUGUUCGAGAGGCAUCGGUGACUUUGAAGAUCGCUGAAAGACGAAACCCGGAAGGAAGGCAAAAGAGGAAGAAAGAUCAAAGUUUCGGGCGGAACUUAUGCCUCGAUUAUACGGACUUGCAUGUCGUUUGUAAAGGUCAUUUUUAGAGAAAGAUGGAGCGAUAUCGAUCACGCUUCCACCGCCAUUUCUAUCGUUCACGAACGAUUCCGACAAUGAACGUUUGUGGGAAUUAUUAUUAUAUUGCACAAUUACGGUGAAUUUUCAAGCGCCUUAUGCGAGUAAUCUUGAGGACGUAAAAAAAUCGUAUUCAGAAUACUCUAUUGGGGAUUUCAAUGAUUCGUUGCGUCAUUUUAUUCCCAGCGUUUAUUAUGUAUAUGUAUUUAUUGGCGUGGUAUUAGAGAACUUUAUACUUGUAUCCGUAAUACCUUUUUGUAUUUUCUAUAUUAUUUAAAGGAAAAUUAUAUCUAAUGCUUUAUAUUCCCUUGGGGAUAAGUAAAUUUUUUGUCUCGAAGGAAGAUCGAGUAAUUGUAAAUUAUUGUAUAGAUAUUUUCUAAAAUUUAAUCGCAUAAAAAUGGGGAGGAAGGGAGGGGGGGAAAAGAAGAAAAAAAAUGGAAUUACAAAUUUGUAACGAGACACCUAUUUUCUGAGUACGAUUCAUAAUGAACGCUCACACGAACCUCCACGAUGUAACGUUAUAUUAAGUCGACCACUUAAUUAUACCUAAACCAUUGAAUAAAUUACUUAAUAAAAAAAAAAAAAAGAAAAAAAAAAGAAAGACGAUCUCAAGUUCGAUAACGUGUAGUUACACGAUAAUCUACGUGAUAAAAUCGAAGGAAUUUAUAAGCUCGAAAAUAAUCGUUCAACUGAAUAUUCUUCUGCCCUUCAUUGAAAUCUGGAACAUAAACUUUCUUCUACCGGGGAAGAACUUUCGUGAAACUAGAAUUUGAUCGUGAACUUAGAUUUCAACUAUUCAAGGUGACAACACAUUAUAUCGUCCUCUUUCAAAUCGUUACUUUAUUGUACUUAAAACGACCGCUCGAAACAAUUUUUUUAUUUAAAUAUUUAAGAUAUGUCUUUCAUUCGUAUUCAUUCGUUCAAGCUUGGACAUAUUGUUUAAAUAAGAUGAGUAUUUAAACUGUUAAGUAUUAUUUUCAAAUACUUAUAUUAAUUUCUUUUAAGUGGCAAAUUAUUUCAUUAUAAAUUAAAAUCGCUUUUUUCUUAUUUUUUAUUCGAAUAAAUAAUACAUUUUCUUUUAUAACAUAUCAAUUUAAUUAUUAAACUAAGUUAUCCAUUAUCCAGUAAUUUUAAUUUUGUUGUUUCUCCGCUGACAUAAUUUUGAUCGAAGAAUGUGAAAAAUUGGAUCACCAAAAUAAUAAAAAAAUAAAUAAACCGAUAAAAUUUGCAAUUUAUAAUCAAUUGAAUAAAUUAACAAAGGAUCAAUCUUCUAGUUGAGAGGUAAAGUAAAUGUGAUCGAGCGUUCACCGAAAGAUUCUUCGUUUUCCAGACAUCAAACGAUGAUACAUUUAAAAAAAAAAAAUCUACUAUAAAACUAUAAAAAUACUCUCGUUUACGGAAAACGAAACAUGUAUCAUAACAUGGUCUCAUCUAACAUAAAGUUAUACCUAUAUAUAUAUAUAUAUUCUAAACAAUCAAUUUUAGAAAUUUUAUUUUAAAAAUGAAUAUACGAACGCGUGACAUAAUAAUUCGCACAAUAUCCUCGAUCAUAAAUUAGGAAUAAAUUUAUAUAGUGUCUCGUCGAUGCAGAGGCAUAUCUUAUCCAAUGUCAAUAUCCAUAGAAUCGAAAUUAUUUAUCCUUCGAAUUUCUUUCGCAAAUCAAAAUACCAACCACGAUAAUAAACCCCUCUCUGUAUCAAAUUUUUGCUCUUCAAGUUUGCCGCGAUAUUUUCAACGAAAAAGGGAAAAAUAGUUGCGAAAAACGAUAAUAAUCAUAAAACGAUUUUUUUUCACGAGAACUGAUUGGAAAAACAUAAUAUCCAUUGCACGACAUCGGGUCCGCACUGUUAAACAACUAGAAGCAAAAACUUAUCAAAUUAUUGAAACGUAUAUUACAAUUUACGUGCGCUCUCCCGCGAUCGUUUUUCACCAAAUACGAAUUCGAUAUGGAUCGAGCUUGGAGCUCGAGAUUUCUGUUGUUACUCAUCAGAGCCAUGUACGUUUCGAAGUGUAGAGAUUUUGGUGGUCGUUUUCACCCUCCCCUCCACUCGGGUAGAUUUCGAUCCGAGUAUCCUCGAGAGAUAUCUCGAUGCAAAAUUAUUGUUCCACGCGUAUGGAACAAUUAUGGACCGCGAUGAGACGAGGCCGCAGGCAUCGAAAAAUGAUUGUAACAUACUCGAUGUAAAUAGAAUUCUUCGACUUUCUUCUCACACUUUCUGCUCUCGUCCAUUCGUUCCAGAAUCCAGAACUCGCUGUUUUUGCGGGUUGAAAGAAAAUAUCCGCGAUACACGUUGGAUCGUCUCAAAAGUUCUUUUCGUUAUUUACAUAUACGAUUUUGGCAAAAACAGAGAAACAUGAUUUUUCAUUUAUAUUUUAAGUCAGAUUCCUUCUGAUUUUUUAAGAAAAUAUCUUUAUAUAAGUAUAUAAAUAUCUUUUAUUAUAUAAUAUUUGAUGAUUUUUAGUAACAAAAAUUUGUUGGUAUAUUCGAGACCGAUGACGCAACGUAUCAUGUACAGAUUUCCUAUUUUAUGGCGGUUGAGGCGAAGAAUUUUUCAUAUUUUUCAUUAUGUACAACUAUUUUGAAUUUUGUUAUAUUUUUUGCCUGUGUUGAAUGGCAAUAAAUAAAAUCAAAAAUCAUUUUGGAAAAAUAGAAUAUAAUCCAGAAAGAUGGAAGUUUGAUACAAUUUGUAUAUAAAUGUCUGAAAUAAAACGUCUGUGUAUAAAAUUUUAUAAAUGACGAAAUAUCAUUGAAGUAUAUAAGUACGAUCCAUCUUGAUUCUAGAAAAAUGAAGAUCUAUAUAGAGAAAAAAAAAAAACGAAAAGAACUUUUUGGACUUAUAUCUCGAGAUUGUAAAUAACGUUUAUAUCGCUUACGAUUUCCUUGAUUGUAAGACGUGUAUAUAUAUUUUUCAUGUGAUUGAAAAGUUAGAUGAAGGGUUCAGAAGUCGAUCAAUGUAAAAUCACGUAAUCUGAAAGUUUAUUACUUAACUUAUUCAAAAAUUUUUUUAAAUCUUCGCUUGGCGAAUCAAUUAAAUUGAUUGUUGAAUUGAUUUGUUAAUCGAAAAUUUGAAUAAAAAGAUUUUUGAAUUAUAUAAAUCAUUUCUUCAACAGAAUACGAUUUAUACUGAUUAACUUCUGAAUUCUCUAGAUACAUAUGUAUCUCCUCAAGAAUUAAGGAAAACCAUUCGGGUAACCAAAUUUACGGGUAUUGCCUCACCUCGAGUUCAUCGCCGUUUCGAUAUUCAUUAAUUAUUAGAGAUUAUAUGACUAUAACGAUAUAAAUAGUUAUAUGUAUCAAUAUCCCUAUAGAACAGCAUCAGAGAUACUUUCGAUCUUCAGAAUCAACGGAUGGAAAAAGAGAAAAAGCGGAUUCAUAGCUCUGGUGGCUCGUUAUAAAAAAAUAACAGUGAGACGCCUUAAAUUCGUUUCUCGAUACCCAUAAAAAUCCUGUUUCAACCAACGGGAACAAUAUCUCUCUUUCGAUCGACUGGCCAAUGGUAUGGACAAUGGAUCCACGAUAUUCGAUAUUCUUUUUUGCAGCUCAAGUUUCUAAAAAAUUUUUUUCUCAUUCCAUUGUUAUACAGGAUAUCGAUAGAAGAAAGGUUACAAACUUUGAAACGAUGAUAAAAUUGAUGAUUGUGGAUUUUAUGCGA